CUGUGUGCAUCGAUAAAUUAAGGUUAAGUUUAUGAGAAAAACCGAUUUCUGAUUUGUCAUUAAUUUUCCUAGUAAGAAAUUUUCCAACUUCUUGGACAAAUUGCCUAAAGUAAAUCACAUAUUUAACGAUGGACUCUGAUUGGAUUAAUGCCCCUCAUAGUACAGGAACCUCUAUCAUGGCUGCAGAAUUUGAAGGGGGUGUAGUGAUUGGAGCUGAUACAAGAACUACAACAGGAACAUACAUUGCCAACCGAGUAACUGACAAAUUAACAAAAAUUACUGAUCGCAUAUAUUGCUGUCGUUCUGGUUCUGCUGCUGAUACCCAAGCUAUUGCUGAUAUUGUGUCUUAUCAUUUAGGAUUCCAUGGGAUGGAGUUAGGGGAAGAACCUCUAGUUGAAACUAGUGCUUCUGUAUUUCAAGAACUUUGCUACAAUUAUCGUGAUUCUCUAAUGGCUGGUAUCUUAGUUGCUGGAUGGGAUAAGCGAAAAGGGGGUCAAAUUUAUUCCAUUCCUAUUGGUGGUAUGUGUGUUAGACAAAAGGUCUCUAUUGGUGGUUCUGGUUCUAGUUUUGUCUAUGGUUAUGUUGAUGCAAAUUACAAACCUGGAAUGACCAAGGAAGCUUGUGUUGAUUUUGUAAUCAAAACUUUAGCACUCGCCAUGUCAAGAGAUGGUUCUUCAGGUGGUUGUGUUCGUAUUGGUGUAAUAACUAAGGAUGGUAUUGAACGUAAAGUAGUUUUGGGCACAGAAUUACCCAAAUUUUAUGAAGAUUAAUAAAUAAUAAAAUUUGUCUUAAGUUUAAUAUUUCAUCCAAUAAAAAUGUACAAGUUAU